AGCGCUUUUCAAAAGAAACACGCGGAAAGCAGGAGAGCUGCGCCGUCCUUCCGCGACGGCAACGUCUGUACCUCUUCUUUAGUGAUCACGCAUGCACACGCACCCAUACAGCGACGUCCUAGAAUGACAACUUCACUUUCCGCCUCUCCGCCGCCCUCCGCUUCCAAGGCUGAGCACUGCCUUCAGAGUGCGCGGGCCGCGAAGGCAGCCGGCAACGCCGCCUUGAAAGCCAACGAUCUCCGAGGUGCGUCCUUUCAGUACAAGAAAGUGUACCUCUUUGUAGCGGAGUACCUCCCCCACGACGUGGCGGGGCCCUCCACGCUGGCGUCGAGCACGAGCAGGGAUGAGAGCAACAACGGACUUGUUCAGCUGCUGCAGCAGCGGCGCCCUCGCUCCCCCGUGAAGGCCCCCCUGUUGUCAUCCGCGCCGCCGCCGGACAUGCCUGCAGCAGCACAGCAACAGCAGCAGCAGGCAGAGCAGGCAAAAGAAAUGAUCGCGUUGUACGCGACGAGCCUAAACAACCUCGCACUGGUGCACUUGAAGCUGGGUCGAUAUCGCGAGGGCGUUGCCUGUGCCUCUGCGAUUCUCGACGACUCGAAGCUUCGCGCUGCGCUGGACACCACGCACAACAGCGCGGAUCCCUCCAAGAAAGCGGCGGCCCGACCGCCACAGCCGCCUACCAGCGACACACCAGCAGGGAGAGCGCUGCUGCGCCGUGCCUCGUGCUAUGUAAAGUUGGCGGAGUGGGCCGCAGCGGAGGCGGAUGUGGCGACCUUGAUGCGCGCACACGCGGCGGCAGGCACGGCACCGGACGCGGCCUGCGUGCAGCUCACGGAGUCCAUCCGACACGGUCGAAAGGCGGAGACGGAGACGGAAAAGAAGAUGAUGCAGCGCAUGUUUUCGUGA